GUUCUAGAUCUCAUUCUUGCUGUCAUUCUUCCAAUUUGUCUCUCUCUUUCUCACGUUCCUGAUCUCACUUUCGUUCUAGAUCUCAUUCUUGCUGUCAUUCUUCCGAUUUUUCUCGUUGUUUCUCUCGUUCCUGAUCUCGCUAUCGUUCUUGCUCUCAUUCUUCCUAUUUGUCCUUCUCUUUCCCUUGUUUUUGAUCUCGCUUUCCUUCUUGAUCUCAUUCUUCCUUUUUGUCUCUCUCUUUGUCGCGUUCCUGAUUUUGCUCACGUUCUUGAUCUCGCUUUCGCUCUUGAUCUCAUUCUUCCUAGUUGUCACUCUCUUUGUCUCGUUCCUAAUGUUGCUCACGUUCUAGAUCUCAUACUUGCUGUCAUUCUUUCGAUUUGUCUCUCUCUUUCUAUCGUUCCACAUCUCGCUUUCGUUCCUGCUCUCAAUCUUGCUAUUUAUCUCUCUCUUUCUCACGUUCCUGAACUCACUCACGUUCUAGAUCUCAUUCUUGCUGCCAUGCUUCCGAUUUCUCUCUCUCUUUCUCUCGUUCCUGAUCUCGCUUCAUCACAUUCUUGCUGUCAUUCUUCCGAUUUGUCUCUCUCUUUCCCUUGUUGUGGAUCUCGCUUCGUUCUUGAUCUCAUUCUUCCUGUUUGUCUCUCUCUUUCUCUCGUUCCUGAUUUUGCUCACGUUCUAGAUCUCAUUCUUGCUGUCAUUCUUCCGAUUUGUCCCACUCUUUCUCUUGUUCCUGAUAUCGCUUUCCUUCUUGCACUCAUUCUUCCUAUUUGUCUCUCUUUUUCUCACGUUCCUGAUCUCACUCUCGUUCUAGAUCUCAUUCUUGCUGUCAUUCUUCCUAUUUGUCUGUCUCUUUCUCUAGUUCCUGAUUUUGCUCUCGUUCUAGAUCUCAUUCUUGCUGUCAUUCUUCCUAUUUGUCUCUCUUUUUCUCACGUUCCUGAUCUCACUCUCGUUCUAGAUCUCAUUAUUGCUGUCAUUCUUCCUUUUUCUUUCGUUCUUGAUCUCAUUCUUCCUAUUUGUCUCUCUCUUUGUCUCGUUCCUGAUUUUGCUCAAGUUCUAGAUCUCAUUCUUGCUGUCAUUCUUUUGAUUUGUCUCUCUCUUUCUCACGUUCCUGAUCUCACUCUCGUUCUAGAUCUCAUUCUUGCUGUCAUUCUUCCUAUUUGUCUCUUUCUUUCUCUCGUUCCUGAUUUUGCUCUCGUUCUAGAUCUCAUUCUUGCUGUCAUUCUUCCUAUUUGUCUC